AUGACCCUUUCUGCUGCUCGUGCCAUCGCCGUAAGGAGCGUUAGCCGCAAGGCUCCUGUUCAACAACAAAAGCGAACCAUCGUCGACUACCUUACCAACUACCCAGAUAAGGUUGCUGAGAUGAAGAAAGUCCAAUGCGCUGGAGGAACUUUGCAAGGAGAGUCCAACCCCACUUGGACGAAGCAACCCAGUGACAAGUUCGUCAACGCUGCCGGUUUCCUCCUUGCGUCUCUUGGAUUCACCAAGGCCACUAUCGCGGCAUACCGAUUGGCGACCGGAAAGGGAAAGAUCGAGGACUAA